UAUUUUCGAUUCUGUGCAAUUCGAGAUUAUUAUUAGAGCUGAAAAAGAUCGACCCGAUUUUGUUUUAGUAUAUAACGAAACACUUAUUUACCAUGAUUGUAAAAAAUGUUUUGCUAGUCCUGUAGUAGUUGGUUUGGACCCUAAACCAUUUGAUUUCUAGACAAUCAAACUAGCGAUCAAUAAUAAUUUUCUUAAUUUUGUCUUUAUAGCUUCUUUCUGGAUUUCAUCUCAUCAUUAGAUCCUUUUAAAAGAUGAAUCAAUUUAUUUGGUUUACAUUAACAAUUAUUUAUUGUUUAUUGACGAUAUGUCUUGCCUUAAAUCCAUAUCGUGUUCUCGAAGUACCUAAAUCAGCAACGAUAGCUGAGAUUAAAAAAUCAUUCAAAAAUUUGGCUAAAAAAUACCAUCCUGAUAAAAACCAAAAUAAUGAUGCCCAAGAAAAAUUUAUAGAACUCAACAAAGCUUAUGAGAUCCUCAUGGAUCCGGAAAGAAAACGUCUUUAUGAUCGAACCGGACAAACGGAAGAUUCGCCAAAUUUCAAACAUAAAUCUGAUUAUCGUAGUGGUUUCAAUCGUUUUGAUUUUGAUACAUUCGACACUUUUUUCGAUUCCAAUGAUGGCCGAAAUUUCCGAUUUACAUUCAAUAGUGGUAGUUAUUUUCGCAAACAUUCAAUAACUCAUCGAGCAUAUGAAAACACAAUUUUACCGCAAAGUUACACUACACCUUACAUUCUAGUCUUUUAUGGUGAUCUAUGUGUUCCUUGUAUUCAAGUAGAACAAGUGCUUCGAAGAUUGGUGGGCGAAUUAGAGGCAGUGGGAGUCGGUUUCUGUACAGUCCAUUCACAACAUGAAAUUGCUUUAACCCGAAAGAUUGGCGUUCGAUCAUUGCCUUAUAUUAUAUCGUUAAUAGAUGGUGAUAUAAGACCAUUUAGAGAAUCGGAAAUUUCCCUGUCUACAAUGAUUGGUUUUAUCAAAAGAUCUUUACCAAAAGAUUUGAUUAUCGAAAUAAAUAAUAAUAAUUACUACGAAUUUUUAAGCGGUUGGAAAGAUAACAAAGUACGGGUAUUGUUCGCCAAUCCUGAUCGUAUUAUUCGACUUCGUUAUGUUCUAAUCGCAUUCUAUUUCCAUGAACGAAUCGCUUUCGGUCAUGUAAAGACGGAUGAUGCUAAUACCAAUGAAGUAUUGAGACGUUAUCAUAUUGAUCCGAAGAUGAAUUCGAUGCUCGUAUUUAAUGAAGAUAUUAAUAGUCCAACUGCUAGUCUUUCCGUUUCUGAGCUGAAAACUCAAAUCAUGAAAGAUGUAUUGGAUUCAAACAAAUACUUAUUUCUACCCAGAGUCACCUCUCAAACUGUAUUCGAUCAUUUAUGUCCAGUGGCUAGUUUGCCAUCACGUGCAAAACUUUGUGUGAUGCUUGUAUCGGGUGAAAAAGAAGAUAAUAAACGAAAAUUUCAUGCAAUGAGAGCAUUCAUGAAGGAAAACGAUUUCCCUAAAGACCGAUUCCGUUUCAUGUACAUUUAUCGGGAGAAACAAGCUGAAUUGAUCAAAUCAUUGACGAAUAUUGGCUUAAGCAAAAAAGUCAAUAUUAAUCGUGGUAUUCAUGUGGUCAUUUUAUGGCGAAAAGAAUCAAAUCAAGCCUUUUAUGAAUGGUUAAACAAUGAAUGGGACUUUGUCGAUUCGACUUAUAUUAAUGAAACGAAACAAAAAUUGAAUCUUCUUAUGACUCGAUUAUCGCAAAAUGCCGCCCAAUUUACUUAUAGUGCUAAAAUCAAUUCACUAACUGAUGAAUCUGCAAAAAGUCUGUUUGCACGUAUAGUUAAAAGAUUACUAUUGGUAACCGAGAAUUUAAGCGACAAUAUUUCACGAACCGAUCCGACACCAAUUUUAUCUGUCGUUUUUUCCAUCAUCUUUAUCAUAUUCAUCGGCUAUGUUAUGACAUAUUUCAUGAAAAUUGAAGAAGAAUCCAUAAGAGAAAAAUAUCGAAAAAUGGGCCGUCAAGUUCCUGGAUCAUCAAAACCUAGGAGUGAUUGCAAAUUAAGUAUUCACGAAUUGAGAGGAGAAACGUAUAAUGGUAUGAUUCGUUUGCUUAAGCCUGGAUGUCGAACUAUUGUGCUUCUUUGUGAUAAUUCUUCGAAAUCUAAAUUGUUACCGCAAUUUUAUAAAGCUGUAUAUCCAUACAGGAAGAACAAAACUCUAAUGUUUGCCUUUCUUUUGGUGGAAAAAAAUAUUGAUUGGUACAAAAAACUUUUAUUACAAACACUUGGUGGUGAACGAGAAUUGAAUAUCAAUCCUAAAAAUUGUAUCGGAACAGUUAUUUCGAUUAAUGGAUUUCGAAAAUAUUUUUGCGUCUUUCAUGCAAAACAUCCGGAAAAUAAUAUUGCAUUGCGACGAAUGGAAGAAAAUGGAGAAUUUCUUGGCUUAAAUGAAGCAAAUGAAAAUUCGGGUGAAGAAUCUGAUGUUGAAUCUGGUAUGUUGGUGCGAAAUCACAAUCCUACCAAUAAUAAUAGUAAUAACGUAUCGGAUCUAUCAUCGAUUAAUAAUGAAAAUGAUGAUGUUAUUUUUGAAAAUAAUCUGCUAAAUGGCCUACCAAAUUGGUUGGAUAAAUUAUUUGAUGGAAGUACUACACGUUAUUAUAUAAAUUUUUGGCCUGAACAUAUGAAAUAAAAUGA